AUGGAUCAACCGGAGACGUCUGAGCAGCGUGCCGUACAUGUAACACCUCAUGAUGGGUCUAUCAUCCUGCGCCAGAACGCAUAUGCCGACAUGAGACCGUUCAUCGAGCAACUCUGGGAAGACCGCCGCUCCAUGUGCUGCAACAUCUAUCUCGACCAGUUCCCACGCGGCACCAACGGAAAAGGCGCCACUAAGGAAGAAGAGGAUGCCUUCCUGCUCCAAUACUUCUCCGAACGUGAGUUCCUCCUUCAGGGUGGUCGAUUUCUGAAACAAGUUCUCUACGCCAUCGCCAAGUUCAACGAAGACAGCGUCCUCACUCAUGCCGAGAAGUGGUGGAGAGAGUACAACUUCUGCGCCAGCUCUGGGAUGGAUCCUAUUCAGAUAAGACAGAUUCUUGACUUGCGCCAAGCAACCAACUUUCCUGCUUCAUUCUUGGAACGCGUCGUUCUGCUCAUCAGUGAUGGCUUUAGACGCCUCUAUGGCCCACAGGAUCAGCGAUCUACUGACGUCGCCGAGCCUACUGAGAGAAACGUGGCAACCACUACCCAUCGACACCACUACCAACAGCAGCACAGGCACAGAGCUGUCUCGGUUCAUGACGAUGUCCAUGUUAGACACGGCACUUCGCUUCUUCAUAGCCAGCCUCACAGUGGUCGUCCGCGCCAGUCCCAUAAGCAAGAACACUAUGGACGUAACCGUCGUCCAUCUGGCAACGGCUUCCCUGACUUUGAUGCCAACCAUGGAUUUGUCAAUCAGCCUUACAUGCUAGCUGGUCCCCCAAUGGAUGGUCCUCUUUCUGGCUACUAUUCGCCUCCUAUGUAUGCACAUACUGCUGAACCACGCAUGCCUCCUGAUCUCCUUGGACAUGCGUACUAUCCUGACAAUAUUCUGCAUCAAAGCAAUGCCUCCUUUAGUCAGCGCCCUCGUCAGAGAUUGGUUGAUCCGCACUCAUUCGAACGCUUCAGCGAAGAGCGAGCUAGAGAAAACCGCUCGUUUUCUGAUGUAGCUGCAGACGAUCGAGAAGAUGCUGCACCCACUGGGAACAAUACCGCGUUACCGUCCUUAUCUGAGGAUAGUCCUAUCGACAAGGAAUACGGCAAGCAGGAUAGCUCGCCAAAGACGACUGAAGAUGACAGUUUCCAGACCGCCGCCGAGACUCCCGCUGAUGUCCCUGAUGAUGCCCCUGACGAUGUCCCUGACAAUAACCCUGUCGAUGCGCCUGUUGAUGCCCUCGGCGAUACCCCUGUCGAGACCUCUCUCUCAAUGGCGCUUACCGAUCAGGAAGUGGGCGGUCAAAAGGCAGAGUCGUUUCCACAUUCUCCUACUACUACCACUGAGAGCGGAGACACCACAAGCGUUGCUGCCAUUGGCCAGCAAUUGUCUACAGGUAUCCAUGCAUCUCAAGUCACAGCCUCAAAGCCAGGUCCGAAACAGACUGAGUCCUUUAGUCCUUUUGCACGUCAGGCAAAGACGAAGAAGGACUCGAAGCAGAGAUCCGGAAAGUCGAAGAGCAAGCCUAAGUCAGACCUGGUGAACCCGAAGCAAUCUAAGGCCGAUACCCCAGUGGACACAGAAGCUCACGAAAAGGAUACCGACGUCCAGAAUCCUGUCAGUGCAAGCAUUGCAAGCCCUUCGUCAGACAUCCGCAGAGAGCAGGGUGAGAACGAAGAUGUGGACAGAUCGACGUCAGCUACCGAAAGCGCCGAGCAUGCAGAGCUCAGCAACCUCCAAACGCAAGACAACGAUCCGACAAAGAACCACACCGAGUCGGCUACGCCACAAACGCGUUCGACGCUGUCGUCGGUAACCGCACUUCUCAGUGGGGCUCUGAGUAGUAUGAGUUCGAACAAGGCGAAGAAGGGAGACGAUAGCUCCACAGCCUCCCUACAGAAUGAAGUUCCUGCUACAGCACCCAAGAAGAAGAAGUCAAAGAAGACCAAGAAGAAGAAGAAGGCUAAGACUGCCACUCAAGCUCCAGAUGGUGAUUCUAGCGAGACCCUUGCCAAUGAGACACCAGUCGGAUCCCCUCCUUCGAACAAGAUGUAUUCCUUGCGUGACAACACCAACAUCCUCGACAAUCGCCUGUCGAGUCUGAACAUCAGAGAAGGCUCGAUCGUUGAGCUUCACGAGAACACGAUCGGCUAUCGCACCAGUCUUCCUGACCAGCAACAAGAGAACCUCUCAUCUAAGAACAACGAAUUGGUUGAGCAAUCGAGACGCAAGACUCAGGAGAUGUACGAACAAGAGAAGCUGCUGAAGACGCAGAGAAAGCGGUAG